AUGGAUUCGCAGAUCGCAUCGCCCUGGCGUCAGUUUGUCGAGGAGUUGGGGACGUCGCCAGCCCUGGACGGACCCUAUGAAAACCUCAUGCAGGGAUGGAAAACCCUCUUGGGUCGACUGAUGAGUCGCUACAGCUUUCCCCCACCAGAUCUUAGUGUCGAAACCCAGGAUGUGAUGGUCAACCAGAUCCUUGUCCGCACUUAUACCCCCCCAGGGGUCAGUCACCCUCCCGUCGCUCUCUACUUCCAUGGGGGAGGGUGGGUGAUGGGAAGUGUUGAAGAGGAAGAUGGGUUCUGUCGGGCACUCAGCAAGCUGAGUGGGACAAAACUGCUCAGCGUUGCAUAUCGUAUGGCCCCGGAGUGUCGCUUUCCUGCACCGCUUGAGGACGGCAUCGAGGUGGCCGAGUGGGCCAUGGACACGCAUCCGUCACAAUCGGUAGCAUUCUUCGGCACUUCCGCCGGUGGUAACCUGGCCUUUUCUACAGCAUUGGCGCUCAUUGAAAAGGGACUGGGUGAUCGUGUGCAGGGAGUGGUUGGGUUGGCACCUGUCACGGUGCACCCAGAUGCAGUACCGGCUGGGAAGGAAGCACAGUACACGUCGUAUACAGAAAACGACCGUGUCACCAUCAACACCAGUUCAGCCAUGCGGGUUUUUCUCGAGUGCUAUGGAGCUUCACCGCAAGAUCCCCGGCUUUCUUGCUUGCUGCAUCCACGAUUGGGCGAUCUCAAGAAGGUUUAUAUGGCAGUUGGGGGGGCGGAUACCCUCCGAGAUGAUGUUCGACUAAUGCAGGAAGCCCUGAUGGACGCAGACGCCUCUGUAAUGUGCGACGAGUAUCCAGGAUACCCCCAUUACUCGUGGUUAUUUCCAAGUCCAGUACUCAAGGAACAUCAGCGCCAAUUUUUUGGGAAUUUGAUCCGGGGAAUUCAGUGGUUGUACAAGUGA